CCCGCCCCGCCCUCUCCGAGCCCACGAGAGCCGGAGCCCGCCGCCCGGAGCGCGGGGUCGCUGGCCAUGCCUCGCAGCUCGCGUUGCGCGGUCGGGCUCAGCUUUCUGCUUCUCCUGCUGCACCCGGGCGCGCCGGGGCACUGCGGCGCAGAGAGGCCUCGAGAGGGGGCGGACCAGCCGGGCUCGGCCUGGGCCUGGCCGGGCCUCCAGCGCCUGCGGGAGCAGCUGAAUGCGGCCAAAGCCCUCUCCAGGCGGUACUGGGCGCUCUUCACCUGCCAGGUGUGGCCCGACGACUGCGAGGAGGAUGGAGAGGCUGCGGCGGGCCGCCUGGGCCAGAGACUUGUCCAACUGGGCCAGAGGUCCCUGGAUGUCCUGACCACGUGGUACUGCAGCUUCCAGGACUGCUGCAAUGGUGGGGACUGCAGGAUCUCCAACGACUUUUCAGGCUUAGAUUCAGACCUGAGUGUGCGGCUGCAUGGCCAGCAUUUGGCCCAAGCGCUGGUCGUAAGAACAGUGAGAGGCUACUUAGAGAUGCCCCAGCCAGACAAGGCCCUGGCACUCUCCUUUCACGGCUGGUCUGGCACAGGCAAGAACUUCGUGGCACGGAUGCUGGUGGAGAACCUGUAUCAGGACGGGCUAAAGAGUGACUGCGUCAAGGUGUUUAUUGCCUCGUUCCAUUUUCCGCACCCGAAGUAUGUGGACUUGUACAAGGAGCGGCUGUCGGACCAAAUCCAGGGGACGCAGCAGCGCUGCCAUCAGAGCCUGUUUAUGUUUGACGAGGCCGAGAAGCUACACCCGGAGCUGCUGGAGCUGCUUGGACCACACUUGGAACGUUGGGCUCCUGAGGGCCACAGGACAGAGUCUCCACGGACCAUCUUUCUUUUCCUCAGUAAUCUUGGAGGCAAUGUCAUCAAUGAGGUGGUCUUGAAUUUGCUUAAGGCUGGAUGGACCCGGGAAGCAAUUACAAUGGAACACUUGGAGCCCCAUCUCCAGGCAGAAAUUAGGCAGUCCACAGAGAGUAGCUUUGGCCACAGCCAUCUUGUGAAGGAGAACCUGAUUGACUUCUUUGUCCCUUUCCUGCCACUGGAGUACCGUCAUGUGAGACUGUGUGUUCGAGACGCUUUCCUGAGCCAGGAGCUCCUGUACACAGAAGAGGCCCUGGAUGAAGUUGCCAAGAUGAUGACCUAUGUUCCCAGGGAGGAACAACUCUUUUCUUCCCAGGGAUGCAAAUCUAUUUCCCAGAGAAUUAACUUUCUGCCUUGAAGGCUUAAUGAAGACUUCUGAAGAUGCUUUGCUCCACUAACAAAACUCUGGGACCCGCCAGGCCACUAGUUGGCAUCCAACAAUGGCUAACACACAACUGGUGCAUAAAAGGAAAGGCUUACUUUCGAAGCAGAGUCAAUUCUUAAAAUCACUUGGUGCCUUACAGACCCAUACUCCAAAACGUGGGCCAGGAAGCUGGAAAAGCCAGAAGGAGAUCAGCAAAUUCCAAGGGCUUGUUCAGCCUCAUGAUGGUCUCCUUGGCAUUGCAGCUCUUACUGGCAGAUGGCUGGUUUGGGUUUUGUGCUUCCAAGGGUGCAGGGUUCUUGGUUUAGCAAAAAGAGAAGAAAGAAGUUCUAUGGCCUAGUGAAGGGGAGCAUGCCAUGAGUUUGCAAGCUAAGUGGGCUGGUUCUUAAGUUAUUACUCUCAGAAAGCUGAACAGCCUCUAUUUGUGAGUGCAUCAGCAGAGUAUUAAGCUAAAAGUGCACAGAGGAAGAUACUUUUAAAAUCAUGUGAGGGUUGUUCUGGUCUGCAGAUUGAAAAAAAAAUUUUUGGGGGGUACCAGGGAUUAAACUCGGCUUCCUGUGCUUGCGAGGCAGGUGGCGAAACUGAGCUAAAUCCCCGGCCCUGAAAAAAAAUUUUUUAAUUAGGGGCCUUGACAUAAAUGAUUAUGUCAUAUGUGAAGAUUAAAAUUUUGUAUUUUUUAAACAUA